AUGGCUGCUUCUUCGUCCUCUGAGUCUAACUUCUGGCUCGUCGCAGCGCCUUCACCCAAUUUUGAGGAUACUCCGACGAUCAAGAUCGGAGACCGUGAAGUCCCUCUUCCGUCCUAUUUCCUCAUCCUAGGCUUGGUCGAGAAUGGCAGAUCGGAAGAUGAGAUAGUUCAAGACGUCAUGCAGCACACAGGGACGAAAGCUCUCCACGUCGUGACCGAGAUCGUCCCCAGCGUUGCGCAAAACCAACGACUACUGACAACAUCGCCAAAGUCGUCGAAGAGAUUUAGCGUCGCGCUCAAGAAGUCGAAGAGAACCGGCGACUACCGAGCCAGUCGGGUUGAAGCCCGACGGGAACUGCAAGUGGUUGAGGAGCACCUAGAGACCGCCAAGCAGACAGAGAAGAAGAUCCUCAACGAGGCGAUGAUCCUCUCUCAGCGCAAGGACGAGCUCAAAGGCAUGAAGAUGACCCCGGAACAGAGAAGAAGGACACUAGACGCAGUUGAACAGCAGAUGAAGCAGGUGCUCCGAACACACCACGACGUCGAGACGGAAAUCAGUCACGCCCAACGUUUAUCAGUCAUCCACAAGACCUCGCUUGCCUAA